AUGUUGUUUUUUGUUGCUCAUAAGACUCGCGAUCGUGGACUAUUCUCUAUACUACGAUCCUUCAUUAAAAGACGUCGACGCGACGAUGAAGAAGACCACGAACAGCCAAUUGAAACAAACAAAGAUCCUUCCAAAUAUCAAAGAAACAAUGAUACCCACGCGGCAUGGCGGGAUACGUUCUACAGCAACGACACAAACUCGAUCGUCAACCAGUUGGCAGCUCUUGCAGCCAGCAUAAGGGGCAUUUCGUCAAACGAUGCCGCAUCAAUCCAUUCAUCCUCCUCCACAACUAGUACAUACAUCCAAGCGGAAGAAAGAAUAGACAAACCACAAGACUUGGAAGGAGAUGAAUCCUUCGAAUACCUCCGAAGUCUCAUUACCGUCUCAUGUGGCCCCCAACCCGCACCAGACACCACAUCGACAUCAUCGACAGAGACUCCAACCCUGAAAGUCCCACCACUCCGACGUAAACGCGCAUCAUCCAGAUUGAGUCUACGAUUCGACAUUCCCGGUCUUUCGUUUACCCCGAAGACUCUUCGAAAGCCAUGUCCUCGAUACACGACGCUCCCACCAAUCUACACACCCAACCCAAUUCCCAUUCGACCGCAGAUCCGCUUCUGA